AUGCAACACCUCGCCCUUGGCCGAAUUGAACUCUAUCUGCCACCCCUUGGCCCAGCUGUGUUCCAUCCUGCUGUGACCAGUUUGAUCGUCUUCAUCUGCUUCUGCGCCUCGGCCUACGGCGGCUACCCCACCGCCCCCAUCGUGGAGCUCAUCCUCAGCGUGAUCUUCUUCGUCAUCUUCAUGAACCAGUUCGACAAGUCGCUCUCCUUCAUCCACUGGCCCUGGACGGACUUUAUCCGGUGCGGCCUUGCUGUCAUAAUCUACAUUAUCAUCUCCAUCCUCGCCAUCGUCUCUCGGGUUGGGGCCCAGAUCACCGGAGGGGUAUUCGGACUGUUGGCAGCCGCCAUCUUCGCCUACGAUGCCUACCUGAUCUUCCCCGCUCUGCAGUUGAAGCAGCACACCCGUGCCCCCACAGACCCCCCGGAAAACACCCCCUGACCAGAGGAGGAGGAGUGGGAGAGUGGGAGGGCGCCAAUCGACAGGAAGCCUGGACUCUGGGCUCCGGACGCCAGCACUGCCAGAAAUAAUGGGUCAGGAACUGUCCAACUCCCACCCCCACCGUCCCAUCCAAUCCUAACCCCUCCUCUCCCACCGAUGAAGGCAAGCAUGCUGUACACCUUCACCACCCUGUCCAUUGUGUUGCUUCCUUCAAGGAACGGUGGACUUGAAGCCAUUUUCGUUAACAUUCCUUGGCGCCCUACCAUUCACUGUACCUGUUUGACUUUCCACCUUGCAUUUGUCAGGAAUGAACUCCCCCCCCCCCCCCCCCCCCCCGCCAACGACCUGCCCAGCUUUCCAUCCGAUCUGUCGCCUCCCGCGCUAUCCACAGCACCGCCAACUUCUGUGUCAACCGCAAACCUGCUAAUCGUUCCUCCUGCGUUCACGUCCGACGUAUCUCACAAACAACAGAGAGGUCCCCAGCACCGGUCGCUGCGGUACACCACUGCUCACAGACCUCUGGUCAGGAAAGCAUCGUUUUUUUCUCCCCCCCACCACCCUCUGCCUCCAGUCGAAUUAACCAGCUCCACUCGGACGCCUUAACCUUACGCACCAGCCUACCAUGUGGGACCUUGUCAAGUGCAUCACUGAGAUCUGUCGAAUCGAGUUUGGUCGCCGAAGACUGUUCUCUAUCCAAUUGGUUAGUGGGGGGGGGGGGGGGGGGGGGGGGAGGGAUGGAGAGGCAAGUUGAGGGCAUGUGAAUUAAUCUGAUGGAGGCUGUUUGUCCUGAGCUCGCCCACACACGGGGCAAUUAACCCACUGACCUGCAGCUUGUUGGGAUGUGGAAGUAAACAAGAACAGCCAGAGAGAGUGUGCAAACCCCAAACACACACAGGGAUUGAUCCCAGGUCUCCGGAGCCGUGAGGCAUCGGCUCUACCUGCUGCAGAACCGCGGGAGAGUCUGUGGGAUUGCAAUACAGCCUCUUAUAUUGUGCUCAGGGACUCGGUUGCACUGCACUUAAUUGGGAGCGAGUGAAGCAGAUUCACUGACGGUUGCUAAGGAAAUAUUGAACUAUGCUGAGGAUCUUGUGGCCUUGUUUUUAGCAGUUAUUAAUGUCCUCCCAGAGCUGUUUCUGACGUGUAUUUGAUAAUCUGAACCCAAUGUUUGCACAUUGAUGUAUGUUUGCUGAUCUAAUACACAAUCCUGCUGUUGAA